AUGUCCGAAGCCUACGAACGCGAGCGCCAGAACAACGCACGCCUCGACGAGCUCUCCUCCAAGAUCUCCGCCCUGCGCGGCGUGACCGUUGACAUCUACGACAACGCCCGCGCCCAGGAUGUCAUCGACAAUACCGUGCGUCUCCUAUCCCCCCGCGCCUACUCUCCCCGCGUCUAUUGCCCUAUUGCCCCCCCCCGCACCACCCCCCCUUAA